AUGGUAAAUCAGGUGGGAGUUGAUUGGUGUCAUUGUAAGGUCCUCGACAUUUUCGGCUCAAUGGGUUCGUGUUCUAACGUUGGGUUAUUUUUGGCAAAUGAGAAAAAGGACUUUCUUGCCCAGUACAUGUACCUCACAUUUUCUAAGUUUAGUGCAACGAAAUGCCUCAAUAUAAUUGGAACAUCUCUCAAUCAGGGUCCCUCAAGUGAUUCCGUAUUUACAAAUACUCAAAUCAGUCUUUGUUGCUGCAUUACAGCAGCUCGAUUAAUCCCGUGUCAUUAUUACUUUCGGAAGUCGAAUCUUGCUACGCUUCUCUUCACUGAACUGAGUGGAGAUCGUGUUUUACCAAACCUUUCAAAUGACACAAAUCCUAUUUGUAGUGUUCUGCUUAAUUUUAUCAAAGGCGACUUUAACCAGGUCUGUAUGUACUCUUCGCGAAUAUUACAGUGGUUACCAUACUGGAAUGUGGAUCUAUCACCUUGUGCAUCUGUAUUGAAGAGUUUUGAUGAUGUUAAAUAUUUAGAUGGAUCUAAUACCGUUAACUUUCGAGGUAUUAAGAUAGUCCUGAGAUCUCUUCGCAACUACGCCCAUACUAACGCGGGUCUCACUACCAAUGACAAAGUUUUCGCGUUGAUCUCUGAAAUGGCUGAUCAUGUAUGCGAAAACUUAACCAUAUUAGAUAUUCGCAUGGAAUUCGAAGAAGUAUGUGACUUGAUAUGCAUGUUUGCUGGAAGUGAACUUUCCCUCAUGAAGGAUUAUCAAUCUGAGAAAUCUUUGGAACUUGAAAAUCGUCGCAUUCAUUCAGGCAAUGAGUUUCACGACAAUUAUAAGCUGAAGUUAGUAAAAAGACUGAUUUCUGAUAGUGUAAGACCCUCGUUUGUGACUGAGGUGACGCGUGCUAUAACAGAAGCUUGUGCAUCAACGAAAUUCGCGGAUGCUCCAUGCACAUUUUCAUUUUCUGGGAAAGCGGAAACGAAUGGUUCUCUCCAGUUCGUAUUGCUUUAUAUGCACUAUUUUACCUCGGCAUCUUUUGGGAAGUUUUUAACUCCGGAUGUUCCCAUUACUAAUGAAUCGGCUGACCGAACGCAGGCCACCGUCUCAACUGCCUGUACAGCCUGGCUUUCCUCCGUCGGGGCUGCUGUUGGAUUGCCGACCUCUGGACUCCUUUUGAGUUCGAGCGUCAGACAUUUAUGCGAAAUCGUCCUAGACAAACUUUUACCGAUGACUCUUGCUUUUGUGAUGUCAUCUGAUGCAAAUCACGGAGAGUCUUUCGCUGAUAUAGUUCUCGCAUUGUUCAAUCCCUUGAUUAACUUCUUCUCGGGAUUUACUGAAAACGUGAAUCUGCAAAAGUCUGGUCUAGCACGCCAGAUUGUCAAUAUAAUGGUAGGCAAAGAACAUUUCUCCUGUGCCAAUGGCGCUCAAAAGUACCUCGAGAGGAUGUCUAUAGCAAUUGCCGACAUUCUGGUGCUUCGAACGCUCUGCGAAAUCCUGUGCUCAGUGCUUCAGGAUAACAAUCAGACCAUAGUAAAUGGAAGAUCAUCUAACGUAGUUGACUUCCUCGAGGAAAUAGUGCUUACUUUGACUCAAUUUGGGAAGCAGUUUGACUCAAUCGUUCGUCAGCUUGCGGACCGCAUUACAGAAGUGGCCAUUCAGCACUCCAAAUUUGUUUGUAAUGACUCUUCUUCAUAUCAGCCUGUUGAAAAGCUACUGAAGACUCUCAGCAUAGGAGACUUUGGUCCGGCUGCUUCUGCAGAUAAAGGGGCCGAAGUUGGUCCCAGUGAGUGGAGCUUCUUUAUGAAUGCGUUGUGGAAGUCGUUUUGUGCUACAUGUCCCGCAGGUCUUGCUCGGCAAAUGUACAGUCGAGUUGUGGCCGAGACGCUCGUGCAUAUUGUCCACAUGGUGGCCAAUGCCACUUUAACGAACGAUGACGAGGUCAAGAACUUGACGUCAUUCAUAUGGAGCACCUUGAGAGAAACUCAUCAACUGAUAUUUCGCUGUGUAGAAACGGAGGCCGAAAUUCUCGGCCAAGGAUUGCUCUCAAGUGACUUGCAAACCAUACACUCCUCUGCGCUAAUGCUUACGCAAUGCCUUAUCGUGUUCGGUGCACCCACGGAAAUCAUCAGCAAGGUACACUUAAAGGGAUUCUUUUCUGAACUCAGAAAUGGUUCAUUCAUAGUGCCAUUCGAACCUAGCAACUGGCUUAAAAUAAUCGACCCUCGUCGAUUUCGUCAAUCUUCCAAAGAGGCUCAAGAACUCUUGGUUUUAUUUCGACACUUCAAAAGUAAUCCGUACUUUGACCCACUAAGCGCAUUGAAGGCAAGUUGUUGUUUCGAAAUUAGCAUAUUGUUAACUUUCUUCGAUAAUGGUAGACUUCUCAAGCCGUUGCUACAUUCUCAUUCAUGGGUCAAUUCAGAACAAUCAGGCUCAGACAGAGAUUCCAUCUUUGCCGUAUACAAGGCGUGUUUUAAGUUAUUUGCUAUUGCUGACUUUCCAAAUGACUGCUACGGCAAUAUCCUAGCACCUCUUUUUGAAAGCGCUAAAGGUAUUGGUAUCCUUAAUAUUGAGAGUUCACCACCAUAUCCGGUAUGGUUUGAAGCUUUUAUUGACUUUAUUGCGGACUCAAUGCAAUCGAUAUUUAAGAUGCUCUGUGAUUCGGCACUUGACCGCACGAUAGUAGCAGAAAUCAGAACUAACCUUAUGGGGUCCAACAUUGCUGAUAGUUUCUGUGAGAGAGAUGGCCCCCCCUCAGGGUCUACAAAUGAGACCUUUUUGUGUCCCUUAUCACCUGACUUCACUUUGCAAUGCAUUGAAAUAAUAAAUGAACUCUACUCUGUUGCGAUGGAAAAUUUGCCCCCAAUGCUGCUGACAUUCUUCGGACAGCAAGAUGUUGCGCUCAGCUAUCUAGAUGGAUCUCAUCCAUCUGUCGGGGGAUCUGUUACUAUCCAGGUCAUCCUCGCGUCUCUCAAGCGUCGAGUAGAUAAUAGCCCAAUAAAUAAAACUGUGAAAUUUGAAUGUCACAGAAUUUUGGCUAGGAUCAUCGACACCCUAAAUGAUGGUUCAAAAGAGGAGAUUAUUUCUUCCCGUAAAAAUUUCAAAAGAUGUCUCGAAGCGUACUCUGAUCGUGAUAGUUUCCUCAACGAAAAGAAGACUCCAGGAGAUCUCCAUUUCCAAAUAACACAGCAACUGCGUCUUGUUCAACACUCAGAUUUCGCUGCUCUACUAACGCUUCAUGACGUUUUAAAGUGCAAUCUGGACUUGGUACAGGACAUAUAUUUGCACGAUUCUAACAUCAAAUCAUCAAACACCCCACAAGCAACAUUCCCAGAUCCCAAAUUGCACAGUAGUCCACUGACGCUUUUCGCGAAUGAGGGUCCCUUCACCGAGGAAAUCUUGUGGGAGGACGUCUGCUGUAGUGAUCUUGGCCUUACGUGUGAUACUCUAACUCGACUAUUUUCUUUGAAAUCGGAACAGUCGAAUGCUCUAAGGCACCUGCACUCUGACUGA